AUGGCCCCAACCGCCAUGGAUCUGUUAAACAGGGAACUGGCGCAGAUGCGGCUGCGGGUAGCGCAGGCGGAGGGCCGCGCAAAGGAAGCCGAGGCGCGCGCACUGGAGGCGGAGGCCCAGCUGAGCACCGCGCGGGCGUUAGGCAGUAUACCUUCGAAACUGGACAGGGCCGGGAGUGGAAGCUUUCCCGCCUCAGCGGAGUCAACGUUGCGGAGCCUUGAGCUGGCGUUGGCGAGCGCCAAUGAGGAGCGCGAGCGCACGGAGGCGGCCCAGCGGGACUUGCAGCAGCAGCUGGAGGUAGCGCAGCGCCAAACGGAGAGCGCCGUCAACCAGCUCAGAGACGCUGAAAUGCGGGCUAUGAGAUUGCAGGAUCAAGUGGACCCUUUGCUAGCCUCCCUGGAAGAGAAGAAGGCGACAGUGGCGGAUACGCAGCGGCAGCUUGUCGCACAACAGGCGCAGCAUCGUAAGGAAAUGGACCUGGCGGCCAAGAGGCUGGUUGAAACCAAGAAUCGCGCGGCUGAUCUGGAGGAGGAGGUAGACCGGGAGCGUGCCCGUGCGGACAGGAUGGAGAGCGAUGUGGCACAAGCGACUAAGCUUGCAGCGGCUAUGCAGGCUCGCGUUGAGGAAUUGGAGCAAAGCACACAGCGCGAGUUGCAAAAAAUCCGAGACAAGGCUGCUAUGUUGGAGAAGCAGCUUGCGGAGCGUGACGCGGAGCUCGCGGUGGCACGUGAGGCCACAGAGGACGCUGAACACAAGCUGGCUGCUGUCCGCGAAUACGCUACGUCGAAUGUGGACGAGCUGAACGCUGCCCACGAUCGGCUCGCGGUGCUAGAGGCCCAGCUUGCAGCUGCUUUGGCGGAGGCCGCGGAGAAGCUCGCUGCUAUAAAGUCGGAGGCGGCUGAUCGGCUAGCGGAGCUGGAGGCCGAGCUGGAAAAGGCCCGGGAUAACGCCACAGACCUGUCGACUCAGCUAUCCGAGGCGCUGGCGCAACGCGACGCCGAACGCCAGACGGUAGCAGGGCUGCGGGAAGAAGCGGCCGCAGCGGCAGCGCAGCUUGCGGCGGCAGCGGGCGAAACUAAGGCAGUGCGCGGCCAAAUAAAGGAGCUGUCUGGGGCGCAGGGUGACUCCGCUAAAUUCCGUGCGAAAGCACAAGCACUCGAGACGCAGCUGGCAGUGGCCUCACAGCGCGUAAACGUGGUGGAGGGCGAGCUGGAACUUGCAAAGGCGGAAAUUGCCAGUGCGAGGGAAUUCCGGCGCCGAAUGCAGGAGUUUAUUGACGAGCAGGAUCCUGGGCAGCCUAAGCAGCUUGCUGCCAGGCUUGUAUCUGUCACAGAGGAAGCUUCAAAGCUAGCUGCAAAGCUGGAGGAUGCGGAGCGCCGCUUGAUGGAGAGCGCGACUGAGAAGCCUGUUAAGCAGCAUGAGUCCCGCCUGCGGCGCUUCAACGUCGCACCCGAGGGACCCUUUGAAACACCAGGCGGCCAGCGAUUUACCAUUGGCGGCGGCGUGGCCACUGCGCCGCCGCAAGGUGCAUCCGACGGCGGCGUGGGCCGCCAGGGGAACCUGACGCUUGCGGAUGCCUACGCCACAGCACAUGCCGCAUCCAUCCCGUCGGACCACUCCCUGCUUGCACUGGAGCUUGAGAAAGCCCGGAGUCAACUUAAGGGUGUCACAGAGCACGCUACGCGCCUGGGUGUUGACCUUUCAGUAGCCAAAGAGCGCAUUGUGGAACUGGAGGGGCAGCUUCGGCAUGUGGAGGGUGCUGCCCACAGAGCAGUCGGAGCCGAUCCUGUCUCGGCACCACCACAUGCGCUGGUAGAGGCACAGGAGGCAGCGGCACGGUACCAGCGCGAGGCAGAGGAACUGAGGGACAAGCUGCGAAGCGCGGUGAAGAAGGGCAAGGCGCUUGCGGAGGCAAAGGUAGCCUUGGAGGUGCAAGUUUCGGAGCUUGAGGCCGCAAAAGUGACCCUGCAGACGCAGGUUCUGGAGCUCGAAACAGCCGUAAAUGCUCAGCAGACGCGGGCUUUUGAACUGGAAUCCACACAGUCCGCAUUGCAGAUGCAGCUUGCGGAGCUAGAGAAAGUCAAAGCUGCGCUGGAGUUUCAGGCUGCCGACGUGGCCACCGCGCGGAAUGCACUGGAGCCGCGCGUUUCGCAGCUGGAGGCGGAGCUAGCUGCUACCAUGGCACGUGCAAAUGACGCUGAGGCUGCGGCACAGCGUGCCGGUGGCCAACUGGAAUCGGCAGUCCGCCAGGGGGACGAGGCGGCGGCACGUGUGAUAGAGCUACAAGUCCAGCUGCAGGCUGCAGCCGCGGCCGCAGCGGCGAUGGAGGCGGCCCUAGAGGCCUCGCGAGCGCGUGGUGCAGAGCUGCAAUUGCAACUUGAGGCAGCACUCGAGGCUUCCAGCUCUCGCGUGGGUGACUUGUCAGUCCAACUGAAGGCGGCGGAGGCCCGAGUGUCCGAGCUGCAGGCACAAGUGGAGAGUGCGCGUGCUGCAGCUAACGCAGCGCUAGCGGCGGAGGAACACACGACGGAGCUGCGGCGGCAGAUGGAGGCAGCACAGGCGGCGAUGGAACGGCAGCACCAAGUGGCGGUAGACGCGGCGGAUGCACGGGCGGUGGAGGCAGGUCGCCAGCUUGGGACUGCGCAGGCGGACUUAGCCCGGUUACAGCAGCAGCUGUCAGAUGCCUUGGCAGCGCUUGAGGAGCAGAACGGUACGGCUGCGGCCACUACUGCGGCCGCAGAGCAGCAGGUUUCCAACCUACAGCUACAGCUGGAAGCUGCUAAAGCGGAAGCCAACGAUCUGCGGUCACGUCUUGAUGCUGCAGAGGCAAGGGUAGCUGAGCACCGAACAUCGGCUGCGGUCUCGGAGGCACGUCUCGGAGAACUCGAAGCACAACUGGAAGCUGCACAAACGUCGGCCGCGGAGCAUAAAUCUUUUGCUGUAGCCGCAGAGGAGAAAUCGGCCAAGCUAGAGCAGCAGCUGACUGCAGCACAGGCCGCAAUGACUGCUUUGCAAGACCGGCUCGAGGAGUUACAAUGUGCGGCAGCCCGGCAGCAGUCUAAGGUGGACGCUGGGGAGGCGCGAGUCGCUGAGCUUCAAGAGCAGCUAGCUGCUGGGGAGGUGGAACGAGCAGAAGCGCGGCUCCGCCUUGCCGAAGCGCAAGCCGCCUCAAGCGAACUGGAGUUAAAGUUCACUGCAGCGGACGCAAAGGCAGCUGAGCUGCAGCAACAGUUGACUGCCGCUGAGGUGGAGGCCACGGAGCUGCGGGGGCGCCUGGCGGAUCUUCAUGGUGCAUCUAGCGAUCAGCAGACGCAGGCAGACGCAGCGAAGGCCCGGGUGGCUGAGCUACAGGAGCAGUUGGCAGCGCUUCAGGGCCAGCUUGCUGAGCUCCAAUCCAAGGCAGACGCCGCGGAGGAACGUAUUUUAGAAUUGCAGGAGCAGGUCGCAUCCUCGUUGGAGCUGCGCGCCGUUGCAGAAGCACAGGCUGCCAGCGCGCAGGAGGAGCUGCUUGAAGUCCAGGCUCGAACCGGUGACCGUGAGGCUGACCUGCGCACCCGUCUGGACACCGCCGAGGCACAAGUUGCAGAGCUGCAGGCUGAACUGGUGGGCCGUGCCUCGGGCGUGGAGGAGCGUGUCAUGGAGCUGGAGAGCCAACUUGAGGCGCUGCGUAGCGCAGAGCAGCAGGCGGUGGCGGAGGCAGCCGCGGAGGCUGAGCGCAAUGGCGAGCUGGCCCACGCAAUGGCGGCAGCACAAGCACAGCUGGCAUCGGCGCGCGAGGCGCAUGAGAGGGAACUGGGAGCAUCGGCGAACGCAGCCGCGGCCAUCUCGAUGCGGAGUGAUGCCGCAGAGCAGCAGCUGAAUGCCGUGCUUGUGGAGCUUGAAGAGGCUCGCGCCCGCGCGCUGGCGUUGGAAGCCACGGCAGAGGAGCGCGUGGCUAGCGCGGAAGAGGCAGUUGAGGCGGCCAGGGCGGCCAAGGCGACAGUCGAGGCGCAGCUUGGUGAGGCACGGUUACAGCUGGCUUCGCAGAGCGCGGUGUUCACAAGUGCACAAGGGACGCUGCAAGCCGCGUGCGAGGAGCUAGCGCGCACCGUGAAGGAAAAGGCGGCGCAGACAGCAGAGUUGGCAGCGGCAGCAUGCAGCUUGGGCAGCCUGCGUUCAGCCCUGAUAGAAGAGCGAGCACGUGCCGCAACAGCAGAGGAACGCGCAUGUAUGGCGGCUGAAAAGCUGGCCGCAGUUGAAGGGACGGCUCAGGAAGCCGAGACUGCGGUGAGUACGCUUCGGUGUCAGGUUGCGUCGCUGGAAGAGCAGAUAGCUGCGAUGGAAGCACAGGGCGCAGAGCGAGAAGCCGCUGCCACGGCAGCUCUGCAGGCUGCCCAAGCUGCCGCCAGGGUUGAGGCUGAACAGCUGCGGCAGGAGCUUCAGGAGCAACUUGAGGGUGCGAGGAUGGAGCUGCUCCAAGCGGCGACGAAGGCCAAAGUCGCUGAGGCCGAGCUGCAGCGGGUGCGCGAGGAAUUGGCGGAGACAGCUCGGCAAGCGGCCGAGGCACAUGCAGCGCGGGUAGGGGAGCUGGGGGCCGAAAGCGCGCGUAUGGCUGCGGAGCUCGAGGAGGUGCGCGCCGCACAGGGUGAAGCGAUGCAGGCAGAGUCUGCGCGGUACAGUGAAUUGGAACAAAAGCAUGCUGCGCUGGAGCAGGUGCAUGGCGUACUUGAGAAGCAGGUGAAAACGUUAAAGGCUAAGGGCGCGGCGCUGAUGGCAGAACACAAGCAACUAAGUGAGGCGCAUGAGCAGCUCCAAAUCCAGCUAACGGAGGUGCAGGAACAGAGGAACCAGCUGCAGGAACAGGUGACCAAGUCAGAAGCGGAGGUGGCUGAGCUGCAGGAGCAGCUGCAGCAACAAUUGGCUGCAAAUUCAGUCCAGCGCAGUGCUGCGGAGGAGCAGCUGGUGGCACGGGCACAGCAGCACGAUGAGGAGUUGCAGGCUGCGGCCAGUCGCGUGACGGAGCUGGAAACGGUACUUGAAGCCGCACGGGCGCAGGCGCUCGCCGACGCUGAUGCGGCGCAGCGAGCUUUGCAUGACGAGCUCACGGUUGCUCAGUCGGAACGCGCGGCUCUGUUCGAGCAGCACCACGCCCUACAGAGUACUCACGACCAGCUGUUGCAUGAGCAUUCGGUGUUGUCGCUCCAGCUGGGGGCGGUUUCGGAGCAAUUGUGCAAGCGAUGUAUUGCCCUUGAUGCAGCUCUAAACGCGCUGGCUGCGGCCGAUGCUGAUGCACAACGGGUACAGCAACAACUUGAUAAGCUUUGGCCGGACUUACAGGAGGCGGCGUUGGUGACACAACAGCUUACCGCUAACCGUGAUGAGCUGGCGGCUGCACGUGACGAACUAGCGACGGCAGCGGCCCGUGUCAGUUUGAUGACGGUUGAAAAUGCCAAUCUUGAAGCUGCCUGCGUCUCUGUGCGGGAUGAGAGGGAUAAAGUGAAGGCGCAACUUGAGAAGACUGAGUCUUUGCUAACGUUGGCACGGGAUGAGGCUCGUGUGGCUGCUGAGCGCAGCAUUGCGGAUGGAAAGCAGCACGCCGAAAUGCUUGAGGAGCUUCGAGCGCAGUUGCAAACAGCCCAAGCUGCUCAGGCAAACUUGCAGGAGCAGCUGGAGGUGGCACAGGCAGCAGAGGCAGCUUUGCAGGCACAGGCAGAUGUGGCGCAGCGUACCGAAGACGACGUGCGCUCUAUGCUCGAGGCAGCACAAGCUGAGCAGGCAGACCUCCGCAAGCAGCUUGAGGCAACGUUGGCAGCAGAAGCGGCCCUGCGGGUACAGGCGGAGGGUGCGCAGAACGUUGCUUGUGAUUUGCGUGUACAGCUUGAAGCGUCCCAGACUGCGCAGGCAGACCUGCAGAAGCAGCUCGAAGCAACGUUAGCGUCAGAAUUUGCUUUGCAGGCUCAAGCAGAUGCAGCCCAGACUGCCGAGGUUGACCUUCGUGCGCAGCUUGAAAUAGCACAGACCGCGCAAGCAGAUCUCCAGCGGCAGCUUGAUGCGACUCUAGCAGCAGAGGCUGCCUUGCGGACCCAGGCGGAAGCGGCACAGACUACGGAAACUGAUUUACGCACCCAGCUUGAGGCCGCGCAAGCCGCCCAGGAAGAUCUGCAGAAGCAGCUUGCAGCGAUGCAAGCGGCAGAGGCCGCCUUGCUGAACCAGUUGGAGGUGGCUCACGCUGGCAGCGCCAAGGUGCAGGGCGAGACGGCUGCAGCGCAGCAAGAGCUGCGGGCGCAAUUGGAAACGGCUGUUGCCGAGGCACAAGCUGCGGCUGCCGAAGUCCUGCGGCUGGGGACGGAACUCACGGAGGCACAGGCACAGGUUGCGGCAUUAAGAUCCGCGGCAUCUGAGGCACAAGCGGCUGCUGAAGCAGCUCGUAAUGAGGUGGCUGCAGUCGAGACGGCAUUGAAUAAUCUCCGAGAAAGCUCACGUGUCGAAUUGGACAGACUGGUGCAACAGGUUACAGACCUUUCCAUGGAGCUGGAUCAGUCCCGUAGUCUUAUCGACAGCCUGCAGGCCGAUUUGACGAAUGCGCAGGAGGAGCUCAAUAAUCGUGAGAUUGAACUACUAGAGGUCGGACAGGAGGCAGAGGCGCGUCAGGCGGAAGCAACGGAGGCACUGAGCCGUGUGGCCCAGCUCCAGAGCCAGCUGCGACAAAUGGAGGCCACGCUGCUCGAGGAUAGCGGUGCGGCUAAGGACUCCGAGGAAAAGAUGGACCAGGUGCAAGCUGAGCUGAACGCUGCCAGGGGACAACUGGAAGCCGCGGCGGAAAGGGAGGCCACGUUGCAAGCAGAGGUUGCCGCUGCGACGACCGCAGCAACGGAAGCUCAGGCCGCAUUGGAUGCCGCUACUGCAGAGGUGGAGGACCUGCGCCAGAAGCUCCGCGCGGCUGUGCGCAAGGGCAAGGGCAUCGAAGCCGCCCGCUUAGCCCUGGAGGAGCAGGUUCAGGCGCUUCUGGCUGCUCAAAAGCCGAACGAGCAGCCAUCAGCCGAAGAGCACGGGACGCAGGAGUUUAAGCCGCGCUGUGCUGGCGAGCUGGAGCCAAGUGCGGCGGAUGCUGCCGCUGCCGUGGUGUCUGCCAUGGCAGUGCUGCCGGCGGACGUAGAGGCGCGCCUGUCAGAGGCCGAGGCCGCUCGGGAGGGAUUAGCGCGGGAGCUGGCGGAGGCCAAGGAGCAGCUGCGUGUGCGCAGCGAGGAGGCAGCGGCGGCAAUGGCCGAGGCAAUGCAAGCCACGGCGUCGGCGGAAGAGGGUCGCGCAGCACUCAUGGCUGCGCAAGCUGCUAAUGCAGAGGCAGAGCACCUUGUUCAAGAGCUCAGGAUGAAGCUAAAGGAUGCAGAGCUCGCCGUUGUCGAGGCAUCCUCGCGUGCAGAGGAGUUGACAUCGCAGGCAGUCAGCGGCCGGGAAGUGGCGGAGAAGGGGCUGGCGGAGGCAAAUGCCCAGGUCGCGGCGCUAGAGGCGAAGGUCCGAGACCUAGAGUCUCGCUUGUCGGAAUACCAGGCGGCGGCUGAGGCUGAGGCACAACAGGCGCGCAGCAAAGAGGCGGGACUGGUAGCGCAGCUUGCUGUACUGGAAGCUGACAUCACAGUCCUUCACAAGCAGGUAGCGGAGGCGCAGGCGGAGGCAGAAGGCGUGCGCACGGAGCUGCAGGAGCAACGGGGGUUGGCGAAGCAGCAGCAGGUCCAGCUCAGUGCGACGGAGGCGGCCCGGAUGACCGAGCUAGAGCAACGAGCUGCGGAGGCAGAGGUUCAGAUGGAGCGACUUCGGCAGCAGGUCGUGACGGCAGAGGCAGCUGCCGCAGAAGCCGCUGCAGUCGCUGCAUUAGCUGAGGCGGCUGCCGACACCGAUGCUAUCGUCAUGGCUAUGCAGACGGAGCUUGAACACGUGCAGCGGAGCUUGGCAGAGACGCAAAGGCAGCUGGAGGAGGCCCGGGAGGAAGCUGCACGCAGGGCCGAAGAGGCGGCGGACGCUUCGCAGCGCGCUGAGGACCUUCGUAACAAAUUGAAAGCAGCGAUUAAGAAGGGUAAGCGCCUAGAGGAACAGCUGCUGGAGGCGACAGCUGGCGGUGGUGCAAUCGCCCUUGGGACGGGUGUUGCGGCUACCGCCACUUUAAUGGCUGCAGCAGCUGCUAAGGAGGUAGUUGGUACUGUUGCGAAUGCAAGCCUGGCUCUGGCGGGUACGACAGAGGUCCUGGCAAGGUCGUCAGCUGCGAGCACCGGAGGUUCAUCGGAGGUGGUCGAGGCACAGGCGACCGCAGAGACCGCCCAGAAGGUAGCUGAAGAUGCUGUGGCAGCCCGGGUUCAGGUGGAGGCUGAGGCCGAGGCAUUACGGCAACGUGUAGGAGCUCUGGAGGUGCAGUUAGCAGCUGCGAUAAAGAAGGCGUCCCUGUCAGCCAACCUCACGUCCUUGGUCGACGAGCUAAGCUCACGGAACGACCAGCUGGCCACUGAACUCACAGCUGCUCGUGCUGCUGCCGCGGCUGCUCCAACUAGCGACACCGACGCUGAAUACAUGCCAGAGCUCCGAGAUCGGGUGGACGAGCUCGAGGCGGAGCUCGCGACCAAUGCCGCUGCCGCGGCUGCGGCGACGCAGCGGAUAGCUUCCCUCGAGAGCCAGUUGGAGGAUGCCUUGGCAGCGCUCCGUGCCCUGGAGGUACAGAAGACAGGUCUGGAGGAGGUGGUGCGGGAGCUGCGCCGGGAGGUGGCGGGCAGCGCGGCGGCAGCUGAAGCAGAGGCAGCAGAGGCCGCCGAAAUGCGGAACCGGUUGACUGUGCUGGAGACUAACCUGCUAAUGAGGGACUCGGAGCUGACCCGCAUAACGUCCCAGGUUAAUCGGCAGUCCGGUCAGCUGGAGGAGGAGCGGGCAGCCAUGAACCGGGCCACGGAGGAGGCCGAGGCGAGGGCGAGUAGCGCGGAGGCAGCUGCAGAGCUUGCGAGCGUGCAGCUGGACGCGGCAAGGGCUGAGCUGGAGGUGGUGCGCACGCACGCAGACGAGCAGCGAAGGGCGCGGGAGGCCCUGCAGGCACAACUCACGUCCGCUGAGCUGCAAUGCUCACAGCUACGGGAAGAGCUGGCUGCAGCGGAGCUGUGCAUUGAGCAAUUGCAGGGCCAGGUGGCAGCUGCGAAGGCGGAGGCGGCAAGACUACAACAACGGCUUGACGCCGCGCAGGUAGAAUCCAUAGUGGGCUUCGACGGCUGGGAGCCGGAGCAGAUGGGCCACAUGGUCGAGCUGCAGGAGGCUGCAGUCGCGGCUGAUACAGCCCGGGCCACUGCGAUGGCACAUUCAGCUGACCUGGAGCGCCGGCUGGCGGAGGCUGAGGGCCAGGUUGAUGACCUGCAAGGCGAGCUUAUCGGUUGUCGUAUGCGCGCUGAUGCAGCAGAAGCCGCUGCUGCAGCUGCUCAAGCCGCCGCCGCCACGGCGGCGGCAGCUCACGCUGCAGCGGCGGCGGCUGCCGCCGGCGAGGACGCCCGUGUCUCGGAACUUGAAGCUGCCAACAAGGCGUUGUGUAGGGAGGUUGAUGAGCUGAAGCAACGUUUCGUCACCACGGCGGCGGAAGUGGCGGCGGUGGAACCGCUACGUGCUCGAGUUGCGGAGCUUGAGGCUACAGUGGCGGCAGACAGCGCCAAGCUGGUACGCGCCCGCGAAACCUUAAGUCGCCUACAAACUGACAAGAGGGACUCGGCAGCGCGGCUAGAGGAGGCGCAGCAGCAGUUGGCGGAGCUCCGGGCGGCCAAUGCGCAGCUGGAGAUGGUUGUGGCUUCCUUGAGGCGACACCAAGACCUCGUACGGGAUGGGCUAGCUGAGCCUGCUACAGCAAGCGCAGCCCCUGGCAGCGUUUUGGGAGUUACGGCAGAGCCCAGUGCUGAGGUCCUUGUCACUGCAGCCGCGGCAGCGGCGGCGACGGCAGAGGCGGAGGCAAUGAAAGUGAAGCUAGCGGCGGCGCAAGGGGAGCUCGCGGAGUUGCAGCGAAAGCUGGUUGAAGCAGAGGCUGCACUUGCGGAGGCGCGAGGGCUGUUGUCUGAAAAAACAUUGCAGCUGACUGCGAAAUGUGAGGAGAAACAUAUGGAGGUCGAGGCUGCACGCAGGGAGGCUGCGGCUGCACAAGAGGAGGCGCGGCGAGCGUCUGCAGCAGCGGCUGCGGCGGAGCGGCGUUGUGCACAGCUUUUAGAGCAGGCUACAAACAGCGCCGCAUCAGUGGUGGAGACCACCGUCAGUGGUGGCAGUGCCGCCGUUAGCAGUGGUGCCGCAGGUAGCCGGGACCGCAGUCGGCGCGGCAGCGACGGCAGCGCCAAUGCCAGCGGCGGCGGCGCACCCCCUAACGUGCCGAAGCCACUGCUGCAGGGUCCUGUUAGACCCUCGCGCGACGUGGUUGAAAAUUUCGCCACCGUCGGGUCCCGUGAAGUGCCGAGUCCGGCCGCGGCCGCGUCCUUGGACUCUGUACGGCGCGCUGCACGCGAUGACGCUCGCUGCGUGAGUGCAAUCCUGGCUAGUGCCCAUGAGCGUGCCGUUGCCUUGGCAGCAAGGCUGAGCCGGUCGCAGAACAUGAUGGCUGAACUUGAGACGGCGACUGUAGCCGCGACGUCCGGGUCAGGGGCGAAGUGCGCCGCGCAGCUGCCCGAGUUUGCCGAGGUGCUGCAGUCCGCGGUGGCGCUCGAGGGGCUGAUGGUUGUGCUGGAGUCUGGAGUCAACCAGCAGCAGCAAGACCUGCACGCUAAGGCUGAGCAGCUUACGCAGCUAUCUUACCUCCAGGCGCGCGCUGCCGCGCUUGAGCAACAAAACCAACAGCUGCAGCAGGAGCUGCGACGCUGUGAGGCGGCGGUUGGCACUAGUGGAGGUGGAGCUGACGAGAGCGGCAGCGUACAGUUGCUGCCGCGGAUAGGUGGCGCGGCGGCGGGGGGUAGCAGGCCGGCCGCCGCUGCCCGCCACCGUGCUGCUCCAUUUGACAUUGAGGCCGGUUGGGGCGCUGGAGGGCCUCCCGAUAGUACUGUUGGCACCCCACCGGGAGGCGGCCCCGGAAUGCCCAUUUCUGUUGGUGCGGCUAUCGGUGACUCCACGUAUGACACAGAUGAUGAGGAUCCCGCCGGCGCCGUUGCCGCGUACAGCUCCGGCAGCAGCCGGCGACUCAACUUGGACUUCCGGCCACUGCUAUCCUCCCCGUUGAUGCGUGGAGCGCACCCUCGUGUGCGGCAAGCGAUGACGUACGUGGACCGGGCGAGCGUCUUUGCGGGGCGAUGGCUCACCAGUCGCCCCACACUCCGUCUUGGUGCGCUGACGUAUGUGGUGGUGCUGCAUCUCAUUGCACUGACACUGGUUUCCUUAGGCCGCCAUUGUGGGCCGGCUGCUGGACGGCUGAGUGCCCCUUAA